AUGAUAGCUUCUAGAAUCAUGCUGAAAAUGGAAGAAAUGACAGCUCAUGUAGAUGAGCUAGUACAGUUAUCUAACAAAUCGGCCAAGCCUGGUGGUGGUAUAAGUUGGAGAACCAUUGUUGAUCGGCUUGACAAAUUAUCUUCUGAUGAAAUUCAACUAUUAACAUUUGAUUCCAUUGAAGAUGCCAGAGAAUUUUACCUAUGUCAUAGAAAAAUGGUCGGUUUUGGUAUUAGAGAACGGGAUGAAAAGAAAGAUCGGAAAGGUAUUGUGACAUACAAACGAUGGGUAUGCAACAGAGAGGGCUUUAGAAAUAGCAAAUGGUUAAAUUUAGUUAACCGUAAGAAAGAGGCAAAACGUCUUACGAGAGUUGGUUGUUUGGCAACUAUAAUUGUGCAAUGGAACAAGAAUAUUCAGAAGUUUACGAUUAAGCAGUUUACUAUGGAUCACAAUCACCAAUUGGCAAAUCAAGAAUUUGUACAAUUUCUUCGAUCACAUAGGAGUGUCAACCCAGCAGACUUGGAGCAUGCUAUUUUGAUGCAUGGAGUUGGUAUUCGAAUUCCUCAAAUAGUGGACCUUCAAGCUUACCAAGCUGGGGGCCACAACAAGAUGGGAUACACAGAAAAGGAUCUACGAAAUGCUGUUGACCAAUUCCAUAGGAAUCCACUUGAAGUUGGUGAUGCCUCUCAGGUGUUGGCAUAUUUGGAUGGUCGAGCAAAUGGUGAGCCGAAUUUCUUUUACAAGUAUGCCGUUGACGUGGAGAAGCGAUUGAUACGACUCUUUUGGACAGAUUCUCAAUCUCGUUUGGAUUACCAAUCUUUUGGUGACGUUCUUGUCUUUGACUCCACAUACCGCACUAAUGCUUAUAGAAAGCCACUAGUAAUUUUGGCCGGCGUAAAUCAUCACUAUGUUACCACAAUUUUUGGGUGUGCAUUAAUUGCUGAUGAGACCGAGGACACAUAUAAGUGGGUAUUGGAAACAUUUUUGGAGGCCAUGGAAAAAAAGGCACCUAUCUCAGUUGUCACUGAUGGGGAUGGUGCAAUGAGAAAUGCAAUAAAGGCAGUUAUUCCUUAUGCCCGUCACCGAUUAUGUGCUUGGCAUUUAAAAAGAAAUGUUGUUACCAAUACAAAUAAGGGGUUCGUUCUUGAUUUUGAUAUGGCUAUGAACAUGAUUUGCAGCCAUGAGGAGUUUGAGAGAAGGUGGCAUUUGCUAGUUGAGAAACACAAUUUGAGAGAUAACCAAUGGGUUGUGGAUUUAUACAACAAAAGGGAAAAAUGGGCUGCUGCAUUUUUGAGAGGACACUUUUUUGCUGGAAUGAAAUCAACCCAAAGAUCAGAGCAAUUGAAUGCUACGGCACACAAGUACCUUCAAUUCAAAAUGCUACUUUACCCGUUUGCUCAACGAUUUGAGCUUUUUUUAUCAAAAGUUAGACGGAAUGAACACAAGGAAGAAUGUAUCACAAGUCAGUCAUCUCCUGUUCUGAUUACUCAUUUGAGAGAAUUGGAAGGAAAUGCUGCAAGCAUUUUCACAAGAAAGAUUUUUUUGAAGAUUCGUGAUGAAAUUUCUGCUGAAGCUUCACUCCGGCUCGUUUCAGUUGUUGAUCAGGAUAAGGUAAAGUUAUAUACAUUCACUGAGUACUUGCAUCAAAUUUGCUCUUGGCAAGUGGAAUUGGAUAAAUCUGAAGAACCAUUCAUAGAUGUGAUCAACUCUUGA